UGUAGCAGUGCUGCAGUGCUGACUCUCUAUGAAAUAGUUGGUGACUUUAUGAGCAAUGGAGGAGAUCUAUGUCAAUGUUGAACAUGACAAACCCGUCAACUCAAGACCCUCAGCAAAUCAGACAGGUCCCAUGAGCUCUGAGAGGAGAUUUCAUGGAUCUGUUGUUCUCUGUUUGGGUCUGUUCACUGUUCUGCUGCUGGUUGGACUCAUCACCCUCAGUGUCUUCUACCAUGACUCAUCUGCAGAACUCUCCACCAUCAAUGACAAGCUGUCCUCUGUGUCUGAAGAGAAAGACCUGCUGAAUUCCAGCCUCACUGAAAUGACUAAAGAGGUGGACAGGCUUCAGAGAUUGUCCAAACAGAAGAAAACUUGUCCUGCAGAUUGGAGGAUGUUCCGUUGUACCUGUUAUUUCUUCUCCACGACAUCUGCUUCUUGGGAAACAGGCAGACAAGACUGCAGAGACAGAGGAGGGGAUCUUGUGAUCAUAGACAGUUCUGAAGAACAGGAAUUCCUCACUAAAAACAUCACGAAGGAAACCUGGAUUGGUCUGACUGACAGAGACAAUGAGGGCACCUGGAAAUGGAUUGAUAAAACUCCACUGACUCUGGCGUACUGGGCGAGAGGUCAGCCUGACAACGGUGGUGGAGACCCACAGUGGGGUGAAGAGGACUGUGCACAUUUCACAGUUAACGGAGAAACUGAAGCAAACUGGAAUGAUCGGCUGUGUGAUGUGUCUUUCCAAUGGAUCUGUGAAAAAAUGGCUUGAGUUUUGAAAUUAUACAUUUAUAAAUACUUUUACAAUGCUUUAAUAGUGUUAUUGUAUGUGUUAGAGAGAUAAACUACAUGUAAAGGGUUAGUUCUUCAAACAGGGAAAAUGAAUGCAGGAAACUGGGAUUUGUAGAAUGUAUUUGUGUACAGGUGUACAGCCUGUGCUGAUGACUACAAUGAAACAAAGUAAAAUAAUGUUCCCCAGCGUUGCGAUUAUAUUACAUUGAAUAUAUAGUAUAUAGGUAUUAAUAAAUAAAAUUGACUCAAUACUUUC